CCCUUGGAGUCAUUGAGAUGCAGCACAAGGUUUUUGCUGUUUUGAGCCUUUGGACAUUCCGUAGUCAUACGACGAUAGACGAAAGCGACUACUCUCAAGCUGAAACCCUGCCGGUAACUUUAAAUGAAACGAUGGCGGCUGAUUUCACGAAUGACCUGUGCACCCCAGUUUUCAUAGUUGACCUGGACACGGUGAAGAGGAACGCCAGAGUGAUGCUAGAGCGAUUUCAGAAGCUUGGGGUACAGCUACGCCCUCAUAUGAAAACACAUAAAACAGUAGAGUGUGCAGACAUCAUGACAGGUGGAGCGCGGCGCUGCAUCGUGGUGUCGACCCUGGCCGAGGCGUCUUUUUUCGCCGACCACGGCUAUGAUGACAUCCUAUAUGCCUACCCUCUGCCCUUCGACAAAGUGGAGCGCUGCGCACAGCUCGCGGAGCGACUGUCGCUCUUCCAUGUUCUGGUGGACAACAGUGCCGCCCUAGAGGAACUGAGGAAGAGGCCACUGAAGCAGGGCAAAGCAUGGCAUGUGUGGAUGAAGCUGGACUGUGACAAUGGCAGAGCUGGCAUCCCCUAUUCUGAGCCAAGGGCGCUACAACUGGCCAAGGACAUCACAGAGACUACAGGCGUUGAGCUCACUGGGGUAUAUGCACACUGUGGGAACACCUACGGUUGCCAAGGGGAAGCGCAGAUUAAGGCGGUCGCUCAGGAGACCACCACAGUCACUCUGCAGUUCAUGGAUAAGCUUAAGGCAGCUGGGAUCCAGGGUGUAAAGUCCAGCAUUGGCUCCACCCCCUCCUGCAGCCACCCAGUCGCUGACAUGGCAAUGCUGAGUGAAGUGCACCCUGGGAAUUAUGUAUUUUAUGACGUGCAGCAGUCUCUGAUUGGCUCUUGCAGCCUGAAGGACGUGGCGGUGCGAGUGCUCACCAGGGUCAUUGGUCACUACCCUCACAGAAACCAGUUGCUGGUCGACUGUGGCUGGACAGCCCUUAGCCAUGAUGGGGGUGGCAAACUCCCCACAGGGUAUGCAGUCAUCGAAGGGCAUCCUGAGCUCAAACUGCUGUCUAUGACUCAGGAGCAUGGGCGAAUAGAAGCUGUAUCUGGAAAGCUGGACUUCACUAAAUACCCAGUUGGCUCAAUGCUCUCCCUGAUGCCUUACCAUGCUUGUGCUACUGCCAUGAUGCAUCCCAUGUACUAUGUUCACUCCAACGGAAAGAUAGUGGGGACAUGGACUCCUACACGAGGAUGGUGAGGCUGCUGUCACAUAAAGGACUUUGGGAUUAUCAGAGUAGAAAUUAUUCCUGUGUAACGUCCAACUACUAGAGAUUAUGACCUCACAAAUGAACUGGAAUUAUGUUUUGGAAUCUGCAGUGAGGGUUUUUAUCCAUGAAAUGUGCCAUUAGUGACAAAAUGGAGAGAUAUUUCAAAAGUCUUAAAAAAAAUGUAUAGGUAUUAACAUUUAUAAAAUAUACUAACAAAAUGCGUAAAAUGGCAUUACUAAUGUAGAAAAGUUGUUUGUGUUUAGCUUGAUCUUGUGGGAAUGACUAAUGGCACUCUGUAUGGUAACUGCACCACCAGAUUUCACCAGGUGGCAGCACAAACCCUGUUUGUAAAUUGAUGCUUGCAGAUAAGACGAAAGAUACUGUCUGAAAAUCAAUAAACUGCUUGGUGAUUUUCAUUUAAUUGGGUGAAAGACAUUGUAACAAUUAGAGUCUUAAUCUCACAUAAUUGAACGAGGUGAGAAAAGCGUUGAUUUGAUGCCUUUCUUUAAAUUGAAGUGUUCAUAUCACUGGAAAUGCACAUCAUUUAUACUGCAAUUCGCCUUUUGACAAAAGUGAGGAAAACAUGAAAAUAAACUCAAAUUAUAAUACCAUUAAA